AACACAAUUCUAGCUGGAGUGUGAAAAAGCCUGCAACAGUUUAAUAACAAAAGCUAUUGAUUCGUGAUUGUGCAUGUUUUAAUGAAGGCAUAAAAACUCGAGAUUUAAUUACUCUUUGCCAUGUCUGUCAACUAUGCCGCCGGACUGUCGCCCUACGCGGAUAAAGGCAUCUGUGGACUUCCAGAGGUGUUUGACGAUCCAGACGAGUUGCGAACUAAAGUGGAGACUUUGGCUCAGUGGAUCAGAGACUCGCAGUACAUGGUAGUGCACUCGGGCGCAGGAAUCAGCACCUCUACAGGCAUACCUGACUUCAGGGGCCCGAAAGGCGUCUGGACGAUGGAGGAAAAAGGAGAGAGUCCUCAGUUUGACACUACGUUUGAAGACGCUAAGCCGAGUUUGACUCACAUGGCGCUGCUGCAGCUGCAGAGGGCCGGCUACCUCAAAUACCUCAUCAGCCAAAACGUGGACGGCAUUCACCUGCGCUCGGGUUUCCCCAGGGAUCGAUUGUCUGAGCUUCACGGGAACAUGUUCAUCGAGGAGUGUGAGAAGUGCGGCAAGCAGUAUGUGCGUGAAAAGGUAAUUGGGGUCAUGGGUCUGAAACCCACAGGACGCUACUGUGAAGGCACUCGAUCCAGAGGACUCAGAGCCUGCAGAGGGAAGCUAAUCAGCACUAUUCUGGACUGGGAGGACUCGCUUCCUGACCGGGAUCUGAACCGUGCAGAUGAAGCCAGCAGACGAGCUGACCUGGCUCUUACCUUGGGUACGUCUCUACAAAUUAAGCCCAGCGGUGAUCUGCCUCUUCUGACCAAACGUACCAGAGGCAAACUGGUGAUAGUAAACCUUCAGCCAACCAAACACGACAAGCACGGCCACCUACUUAUUCAUGGUUACGUAGAUGAAGUCAUGGGUCAGCUGAUGAAGCUCUUGGGUCUGGAGAUCCCAGAGUGGACGGGGCCAACGCUGUGCGAGUUCUCAGGGGGCGACGCGGACAUCCUGCCCUACGGCGCCUGGAAAAAGGAAGUCAAGAUCGAGCUAGAGAUAGAAGAAAAGAAAGAACCUGUGGUGAAGAGGAAGACGCCAAAGAAGGACAAUGAUGGAGUGGUCAAAAAAGAGAAUGAUGAUGGAGGACUGAAGAAACCAUGUAGGUUGGUGGUGGGUGACGAUAAACUAGACACAGUCAGUGAGCUUAAAAGAGUCAAUGACAAAUCUGAGUCUGAACUCUGCUCUCCUUCUGUGGGUGAAGCUAAAAAGCCACGAAAUGACACGCCAUUGUUGUAGAUCUUCUGUUUUAUUUUUGUUUUGUUUUUUCCUUGAAAAUCUCAGUGCAAAAACCAGCAAUAAAAUCUCAGGCAGUUUGUUUACUACAUAAUAAAUCUCCUAGACAGCCAGUGUGUCUUAAACCGGCUUUUACACUGUAUGUUUUUUUUUUUAAAUCUGGGUUUUGCUGUUGCUCAUAAAAAUCGCACAUACCUAUAGAAUCCUUUGGCCGUGAAUUGAAAGAGGUGUUUUUUUUGUUUUGUUUUUUUUCAUUUUAUGGCAUCCUCAUUAGGUAGCAAUUACAACAAAUGCCAGCAGACAACAGUUAUGGCAGUGACAAGUUUUUAUAAAAAAAAAAUUAAAAAAAAGGUGGGUAAUUAAAAAGCCAUCAAUAUGAGUACACAAACUCAUCAGAAAACUAAAAGUACAAGAUAAGUAAAAAUAUGGUAAAACAUAAUCGUCAGAUCCGUAUUACCUCAAGUUUACAUUGAAAAUUGUUUCUUGUUUAUAUGAACUUGUUGUCUGCUCAAGCGUAGUCAUUUUCUUCAGUCGCACAUCUAUCGUCCAAACAUCUUGGUGUAUAAUCUGAUGUGAUCUCACAGUGUGUUACAGAUUUCAUUAGGAUCAUGUUGUAAGCUUUUUAAAACAUUGAAGCUCUCGUCCUGAAGUGCAUAGUGCAAUAAGAUGUGAUUUGCUUGUACAGAGUGAUACAGACGCCAUUCCUGAUUGCAAUGUAAAGCAUCUUAAGUGCACCAGUAGCUGCUUGGUGAUGUCACGUUCAAGGUGGUAUAAAGUUUACUUUGAUGUAGAGAGUUAGAGUGUCUGGUUAAGCGGUGUUCAAAUACCCAAAGCCUGAGUACUAGAGCUCUGAGCAUUACUGCUGAUUUCUACUUCUACAAAAUGUCUAGUUAAGUCAGGUUUCAAGGCUGGUGAGCAAGCAAAAAAAAAAGAAAAAAAAAAGAGUAAUACAUGCAUGUUGCAGUGUUUGGUGCUCAACUGAAGUGCUGUCACUCUCAGGAGAACCUCGGCGUGCUCAUGCCACAUGCUUGUGCGUCUGCGAUACAUGACACACUGAGCUGAAAUUAGGUUAAACACCCUCAUAGUGUCGAUUCAAGAUGUCGUUUAAACUGUUUCAGCACUGUGGACUUUGAAAACUGCAGAAUAACAGAACAGAGAGAGUGUGAGAGUACUACCUUUAUUUUGUACCUACAUACAAUCCCCUGCUACACUUGUCUCAGUGUUUCACAACUAGUACUUGGACACAGUCACAGUAGAAAGUUUGGUCAGUGUGCUAGAGCCAUGAUCGAAUAAUGCUGAUUCAUGUCUAAAACGCGGGCCUCCCAGGAACUCCUUUAAUUCCCCAAACAUGUACGAAUGGUUUGGAGCGAGGUCAGGACUGUACAGUGGAUGUGGCAACUCCCAGCCGAGUUCCUUAAAUGUGCAAGUGGUGUUCAUGAAUGAUUGUGUGUAAAGUUCCCACAGACAGAUGCAUCUCUUUCACAAGUUGACAGCAAGUUAUUCGUCAAUUGUUGAGGAUCUGGCGUUCCCUUAGCUGAAUUUUCACAGGAACAACCCCAAGCCACCUCAGACAGGAUGAUCAUUCACAGACGUACAGCCUUUGCCAUUAGAUAUUUUACUGCUGCUAAGAGUCUCAUUACCGUACUGUGCUUAAAAUCUUCUUCUUUUUUUUAACGUCUUCAUUUGCAAGAAAUUUUAUCACAUGUCCUGGUUUGACUUGAAUCCCCCUUGUAUUUGGAUUUUUUUAUGUUCCACAUUCUCCCAUCUUAUUAAGCCGGGUACAAUGUGGAUUGCAUAUCGAAGACAACUGUGACACUUUUUUUUUAAGUUCUACUUCCAGCAACAGCAACGCACCAAGACCCACCCCCCUCAAAGGCAUGUUGCUGUAUUCAACUUAUUUCAGAUGAGGAAAAUAUUGGAAUUAUUAUUAUUAUUUUAUAAUCUUUCAGUGCUUGACCUAGAAAGUAGAGAAAAUCACACACCUCCAUGUUUGUCUUUGGUUUCGGCAACAAUCUAGCUUGGAAACUGUGAUAAGUGAUGUACAGUAUAUUUACCUCCUUGUAACAGUCAGCUUUUUACACGACAUUAUAGCUUUAACAAGUGAAUAUAACUGUAUGUUGAUUGAUUCGAUGUUCCCUUGGUGAAUGUGGAAUUCCAGUGUAGGAAUUCUGAGGAUUUUCUCCUCUAGUCAGAUGUCAGGAAUCAGGAGCUACGAGCUCUAGUCCUAUGCAGCACAUAUUGUGUGUGCAUCUUGUAAGAAGUAUAAAUCAGUCUUUAGGUGUGUUUCUACUACAGGAACCAGGUAAUGUUUCAGGAACUUCAGGACAUUCCUACAAGAAGGACCAGAGCUUAUUAUAUUUCCUGCUCCAGGAAUUAACAUGACUGAUUUCUCAGAGUGACCAGCUUGCCUGACUAGCCUGGAAUAAUAAUAAUAAAAUAAAAAAACCUGCAUGUAGCUAAGAAAUUUUUGCACCUGGUAAAGCAGACUGAUUUAACAAAGGUUUAGUUUCUACAAAAAACAUGCAACAUUCUUCUGUUGAUGCAUGAAGUUUUGCUUUUUGUGUUCGCUCCAUUGAUGUUAACAUGUUUAUUCCACAAAGCAACAGCAAUAAUAAACAGCAAAAGUUUCACAGUUUAGUUCCUUCGGAGGUUCCUGACACACAAACUUACACCAACUGAUGAUAGGAAAUAUUGGAGGCCAGCUUUAGGAGUGCAUUCCAGAAUGAAAUUGCUCCCAUAAUGCAACAUGUGUGUUUUGUUGUUAUAUGAGCUUUGCGUGGACACCGGAAAACAGCAAGACCACAUCAAAUGUUCCAACUAAACACAUUUGCUAUUUCUUUUCAGUGACAAGUGAUUGUUUUAUAUAUUUAAAAAAUAUCAUGUGAUAAGUCAAACUUUUUACAAUAAAUGUCUUUAAAAUAA